AGCCACGUGUCCGGGCGGCGUCCGGCGAAUGUCAGCGAGCAGCCGCAGCCCCGACAGCAAAACGGCCGGCAGCCGCCAGCAGGUCCCGCUCUUUCAUCCGCUGCUUCCCUCCUGAGCGCCUCGGCCGUUCCCCGACCAUGAAGUUCAUGCAGCUGUUUGGACGCCUGAAAUCUGUGGUCAUUGGGAUGGUGCACGUGAAAGCACUUCCAGGGACCCCGCGGAACAGCCUGCCCUCGGCUCGGAUCGUCGCCGAAGCCCGCCGGGAAGCGGAGAUUUACCGCGACGCUGGAAUCGACGGCCUGAUUGUGGAGAACACGCACGACCUUCCGUACACGGCUUCGGCGGGGCCUGAGGUGACGGCGACCAUGACGGCCGUCUGUGCCGCCGUGAGGAUGACCUGCCCCCGCCUCCCCUUGGGGGUCCAGGUUCUCUGCUCAGCGAACCAGGAGGCCGUGGCGGUCGCCCUCGCGGCAGGUUGCGACUUCAUCCGGGCGGAGGGCUUCGUCUUUUCCCACGUGGCCGACGAGGGGUUUGUAAACGCCUGCGCGGGGGAUCUCCUGAGGUACCGCCGGCGGAUUGGAGCGGAGCACGUUCAGAUCUUUGCCGAUAUCAAAAAGAAGCACAGCGCCCACGCCCUGACCGCUGACGUCAGCGUCUCAGAAACGGCCAAGGCCGCCGAGUUCUUCCUGGCGGAUGGGGUCAUCCUGACUGGCCCGGCUACGGGGGUUGAGGCGGAUCCCGGGGAGCUGCACGAGGUUGAACAGGCUGUGAACAUUCCGCUGCUGAUUGGAUCUGGUGUCACCCUGGAGAAUGUGAAGAGCUAUUUGAAUGCAAAUGCCUUGAUAAUUGGUUCAUAUUUCAAGGAAGGGGGUUAUUGGGCCAAUCAGAUCGAUCCUACCAGGGUAAAGACAUUUAUGGAUCACGUGCGUAAACUGAGAGAUUAAAAUAUAGCCGUGCGUGUGAUCUCGGGUACCCGUGGGCCUACACGAUUCAGAUUUCCCCGUCCCAUCGUGAGUUUUGAACACCAUUCAGAGCUGCAGAUUCUGUCUAGAACCCCGGGAUUUUGUUGCAACCCCUUAAUUAACCCUGCGUGAAAGUACUUCCCUCCCCCCCCCCCCGCCCCCCUUUCCCUGUGGUACUUGUUAAGCGCUCACUGUGUGCCAGGUGCAUCAAGGAAAAAAAAAGUAUAUUCAUCUAAAACAAUCACAGUCCGAGAGGGAAAGCUCUAAAGGGUUUAAGCCCGAUAUCCAGAACGCCAUGUGCUGGCAAGGGUGCAGCUUUCUGGACGGAUUUAAGUUCCCCGGCCACGUGCGAACCUAACCUGCCUCCUGUCUCAAAGGCGCUGGAGCCAGUGGGAUCGAAUUGUUUUCUUUGGGCAAGCCCAUUUGUAUUUUGCCCAUCCGGAGCAUUUUGGGAAGAAAUUAACCACUGCACGUGGAUUUGACCGUCUGUGUCUCAGGUCUCUCUGCACCUCCUAUUCGUCCCAUGCUAGCUUCAAGCCACUGCGUUCUUUGUGAGGAGAAAUUUUCCCCUCGAAAGCCCCCCGGUUCCUCCGUGUCAUAACUUUAGAUUCCUUUCUAGCUCUCUAUGGAGAAACAGCGGGAUGGGGUGGGGGUGGGGGGAUGUUUUGGGUUAAACUUUUGGAAUAGUUGGGAAACCCUUUCCGGAGUAUUCCUGGGAUUGACCGGCUCAGUUCUCGGGAAAUAGGAUUUCUUCCCUCCCAUCUCAGAAGAAUGACGAGCUCUCCUUUUCUAAUCAACACAGAGACUCUUCCGUCGUAGCAGAAAUGAUCAGGUCCUUUAAGAGAACGUUUGGCUCCGAUGGAUAUGGUCGAUGAAAAGCUGCUUUUCAAUAAGCGUGACCCAAAAUAGCACUGCAAAUAAAUAAACAGGAUAAAAUAUCACAGACUCGACAAGUACUAUAAAAUCGGCAGACUGCUUAGGGAGCGUGUUUGUCACGGUCGUAAUUAAGAGUGAUGGGCUGCGAGAUAAAGAAGAGCGAGAAUAUCAUAAAUGGGGCCUUAUGUGUGACUCCCCUAACACGGUGCGAUUGGGCGGUGGGGCUUCGGGAUUCACGCGAAAGAAAUACGACGAAAUGGAGCGUCGGGAAGAUUUCUCCGGGCUCUUCGGCUGAUUAGCGUACCGAGGUACGGUGAUCGGAAGUACUCUGUUCCCAAACGUGGAAAAACCCAAUAAAGAAAUCGGAAGCGAAA